AUGUUUUAUCAUAUAUCCUUAGAACACGAAAUUCUUUUGCACCCGCGAUAUUUUGGCCCACAAUUGCUUGAUAUUGUCAAACAGAAGCUAUACACAGAAGUAGAAGGCACUUGCACAGGAAAGUAUGGUUUUGUAAUAGCCGUAACAGCAAUAGACAGUAUAGGUGCAGGGCUCAUUCAGCCGGGCCAGGGCUUUGUAGUAUAUCCAGUGAAGUAUAAGGCGAUUGUUUUUCGACCUUUCAAAGGAGAAGUUUUAGAUGCCAUUGUCACCCAAGUUAACAAGGUGGGCAUGUUUGCACAAAUUGGUCCCCUGAGUUGUUUUAUUUCGCACCAUUCCAUUCCAGCUGACAUGGAAUUUUGUCCGAACGUUAACCCGCCAUGUUACAAGAGUAGACAGGAAGAUAACGUCAUACAGGAAGAGGAUGUCAUACGAUUGAAGAUUGUGGGCACCAGGGUCGACGCCACCGGCAUAUUUGCUAUUGGAACAUUGAUGGACGACUACCUAGGAUUAGUGACACAGUGA